AUGUCUGCUUUGAAGGAUUUCAGCUAUAAGGAGGAGGAAGAUGGGGUAUUACCCAUGCUUGUUACGGGAGAAGAGAAUAAUUUGAACGAACUGUUGAAUCAGGUGAAAAGUGAUGGCGGAAUCAAUUUGGUGAGUGAUGCAAAAGUUGCAAGGAGUAAUAAGCAGACCAUAACUAACGAAACUGAUAUUAAUAAUCCAAAUGCAGGCAAAAAAAUACCAGUAACUAUUAUUACAGGAUAUCUGGGUUCUGGAAAAUCUACUCUUUUAGAAAUGAUUGCUAAGAAGGGAUCUGACAAAAAAAUUGCUGUUAUUUUGAAUGAAUUCGGUGACUCUAGCGAAAUUGAAAAGGCAAUGACAAUAAGGAAUGGUUCAGACAGUUACCAGGAAUGGUUGGAUCUAGGUAAUGGUUGUCUUUGUUGUUCUCUGAAGAAUAUUGGUGUGAAAGCCAUUGAGGAUAUGGUGGAACGAUCUCCUGGAAAAAUUGACUAUAUCUUGUUAGAAACUUCUGGAAUUGCUGACCCAGCACCUAUCGCUAAAAUGUUUUGGCAAGAUGAUGGGUUAAGUAGCAGUGUCUUUGUUGAUGGUAUUAUUACAGUGCUGGAUUGUGAACACAUAUUAACAUGUUUGGAUGAUCGAUCACCAGAUGCCCAUUGGCAUGGAGAUAAAGUAGUAUCUAAAGAUGAAGAUGGUAUCUUGACAAUAGCUCAUUUCCAAAUUGCCAUGGCAGACAGAAUUAUAAUGAAUAAAGUCGAUAAGAUUGAAGGUAAAAAGGAUCAUUUAAAAAUCAUCGAAAAUUUGGAGAAGAGAAUUCGUGAAAUCAAUGGAAUUGCCCCAAUGUAUUAUACCAAAUUUGGUGAUUUACCGUUGGAUCAUUUGUUAGAUUUACAUGCAUAUGAUAGUAAAAACACUUUGUCCGAGAUUCAGAUCAUGAAAUCUGAUAGAGCUACCUUACAUGACCCCAGAAUGAACACGGUUCUAUUAACCUUCAGACCGCUUCGUGGAGAAGAAGAAUACAAAAAAUUGAAUGAAUCCUUUUUACAGGUGUUGCUGUGGAAGGAUUUUGGUGUCACUAAUGAUUGGAAUAAUGGCGCAGAUGGCCAUCAAAAACAUAAAAAAAACUGGGAAAUUCAAAGGACUAAAGGUUUGCUUAUCAUUGAGAAUCCAGAUCAUAAAUCAUGGGAGGUUAAAGUGAUUCAAGGGGUUAGGGACACAUAUGAUAUGUUUCCAGGUGUUGACUCAUCGGAUUUGAAAGAAUGCAAAUUAGUGUUUAUCGGCAAAUACUUAGACCAAAAAGUGAUCGAAAAGUAUCUGCACAGCAUUAUUAAUUGA